AUGCAAGCAAGGCAAGGCGGCAAACCGCUGUCGAGGAAGCAGCCUGUAUCGCGCGAGUUAGUCCCUGCUGGUUAUCACAACCACAUGUUGUACCUUUCCAUGCUGGAAUAUAUGAACAAGUACGUCGUUUCAGACUUGGUUCUUUUUGACACGGGAGUCAACCCUCACAGAGUCGAGCUUCAGUACUGGUCGUACUUCCCGGACGUCAUGAUGAGCAUGAUCAUCUCGAGCUGCCUCACGCACCAGGUUAUACGGUGCCACGCAACCCAAGACAACUUCCCACUGACGUCGAGCAAUGCGCGCGGCCAGCUCGUGCACGGCGCAAAACAUGGAGUAUCGUCGUUUCAAAACCCAUCUGUUGGCGUCAUAUACAGGCAUCACCAGCGCACGCUGAGGCAGCUCGGCGAGGACCUGAACGAUGCAGAUCUCCGGUAUAGCGAUACCGUGCUCGUGGCCGUCAUUACAUUGAUGAGAGUAGAGAUUCAACAGUCAGCCUUUGGGGCAUGGCCGACCCAUCUCCACGCCGCGAGAGCCAUCAUCGCCCAGCGUGGUGGUUUCAAAUCAUUCCUGCCCGAAAACGGAACGUCCAUAUGCGAGGCUCUGACCACCUUCAUCUUCAUGGACGUCCUGGGCGCCAUAUUCACACCCGGCAACAUGCUCCGUGCCCGUGACGCACGGCAUCAGCUUGAAUACAUUCCCUUUCUUGGCGCAGUUUUCAGGAACGGCGCGAAUUCCGACUUUCCCUGCGCAGACCAACUACUUGAAUGCAUCAUCCGAAUCGACCAUGUACGGCUGCUUGGCCAGGGUGCCAUGGCAGACGCGCCCGACCUAGACACGGCGUGUUGGCAAAUAUUCUGCCGCAUCGCAUCGUUUGAUCCUGCAGCCUGGGCGCAAUACCAGCUGCUCGAACUCGCACCAUCUCCUUUCCCCGAGGGCCGGGACAAUGGAGCGGCCGGGCUCGACGCUCCCCACGCCACCAUUGCAAGCAUGACUGAGGAUCUGGCCAGGGCGUUUCAAUAUGCCGUUAUGCUGUACUGCAUGCGAACCCUCUACAUGGACCGCGGCAAGUCCAUCGCAGAUCUGCUCGCGUCUCCUCCCGCUGCCGCGCUUGCACUACGUGGCCAGUCUACGCGGCUUGAUCCGCUGCUUCUUUGCACAACCGAGGGUUAG